AUGAAGUUCAAGGGGCUGCAUAAACUCACAGCAUCUGCCCUGGCCCUGCUCCUGGCAGCAUCCUUCAUCACCUUCUGCUGGAGUGCCCCUCAGGCUCAUUUCCAAAGGAGAAACUGGACUCCUCAGGCCAUGCUCUAUUUGAAGGGUGCACAGGGACGUCGCUUCAUCGCAGAUGAGAGCCAGAGGAAGGACCUGUAUGGCAGAGUGCAGCUGGAAACACGCAGCCAUAACACAAAUCCUUUACCUCUUUCUGAAGCUGCUGCACUGCUCCUUACUGCCUUACAGAAAGCACAAGAAGUGGAAGAAGAAAACAGUGAUCACCCUGGCUACUUGACAGACAGUCUAUCAAAUUGGUGA